GAGGAAUCAGAGCCAUUCAUAACCUGUGUUAGUCAGGGGCUGUAGGAGAUAUUUUGGCCGCGGAUGGGAAUCAUGUUGCCAUGGAUCCCUCUCAUCCGAACAUCCUAUAAAUGCGGCCGCCGUUAUUUUCCACGCAUCUUCGUUUCUUUUCCCUCCCAUUUCCUUCGUCUUUUUCAACGUCGAGUUGACUCGGCAUCCUUUCUUUCGUUCAGCCUUGAGAUCACCUCUUCGAUAGAGAAUUUUCUUCUAAUCCUCCAGGGAGGUUCUUCUGCUCACAGUCCUACGACAUUCACACCCCUACGGUUUAUUCUUUCAUUAUUCAACCAUGGUUUUCAUUCUCCCUCUCAUCGGUGCUACCGCCAUUCUUUCUGGCUUUACGCUUGCUCUACCCAGACCCGACAGUGCACUUGGCCAGGAAGUCGGAGUCUCGGCACCAAAUGGCAUACCGCUUACUGAUUCAGCUGAGCUCCAGAGUCAAUCCGUAUCUGAAGCUACCGCUGCAAGCUCGCCGGCGAAUGGUGGCUAUGGGGCUGCGGCUACUACUGCUGCUGCGAUGACCUCUGAAACCAUGAUGUCGAAGGCGAUGUCUAGUGAAGCAGCGAUGACUACGGAAGCAGCGAUGACCACCGAAGCAAUGAUGACCACUGAAGCAGCAAUGACCACUGAGGCCGCGAUGACCACCGCGGCCGCUACCUAUGGUUCCGGCAGCCAGAAUUGGGGUUCGUACGAUAACUGUGUUCAACAAUGCAUUGCGUCGUUCGGAGGAUCUGCUGCUACAUAUACUGCGCCAACUGCCACAGCAACCUCCGGUAGCUCGGGUACUGGUGCGACUCACACAGUUAUUGUUGCGCCUACACAAGGUGUCUUGCGAUAUGUCCCCUUCGCUUUGAAUGCUUCCGUCGGAGACACAGUUGUGUUCCAAUGGGGUGCGAACAACCACACUGUCACUAAGAGCUCUGAGCUUGCUCCUUGCAACAAGACAUCUGACAAUCCCUUCACAUCCGGAGUUCAGCUCAAGGACUUCACCUUUUCCCAAGUCAUCAAUGAUACAAACCCGCUCUUCUACUACUGCGGUGUUCCUACGCACUGUCAGAAGGGUAUGUUCGCUAUCAUUAACCCACCUAAUGCUGCCAUGGCCUCGACGUCGGUCGCUGGAAUGAUGCAGAGUGUUGCUGCUAAUAGCUCCACUGUCAAAAACUACGCCGCUUACACUAACAACAUGACAUCCGGCAAACCCGCCAGCACUUGGGGUCAGAACAUUGACAUGGCUCAGCUCCCUUCAUGGGCCCAGGAGCCUGUCAUGGAGAACGUCUUGUAUACUCGAAACCUUUUGGCCAUGAACCCUGAAGUUAUGAAGGAAGACGGUUCAAUCGACCUCAGCUCGGCGUCUAGCACUCCUUUGAUGAUUCCCGAUGACGUGGCUGCAGCACUUCAGAAUGCUGCAGGUACCGCGUCGUCCUCUGCGUCGGCGUCUUCUUCGCCAGCCGCCACUUCCAGUGUUCCUGCUUCUGCGGCAGCCUCGAGCUCUGCCAGUGCAUCUUCACAAUCUACGCAGAACGGUGCUGGUGCUGUGACAUCGCCAAAGGCAUUUGUUGCCAUCAUGGUUGUUGCGGCUACGUUCUUCCUUGUGUAACUGUCAUGAAUAUCCUUCGAGGAGGUUCUGAAAAGGUUUCCUUUCCUUUGGCUACAUGGACUUUAUAGAAUAUGAUCAUAUACCGUUGAUUCCCCGUGCAAGUU